AUGAUUCGUAUAGUUUGGCCAGUUUUGUUAUUAGUGCUGAUUUCAAUAACCGCAGAUGUCAACGCUAAGAAAUCGCGGCAUCACAGGCUUCAGGAAAUCCACGACGGUAACACGCAGGUGCCGGUGACCGACGACGGUAUUCUGCCGUUGCCGACAGUCAAGCCAGGAGACGAGUAUGUGCAGGAAUCAGACGAAGACGUGGAAGACGAUGGAGACGACGACGACGAUGAAGCCGACGACGACGACGGCGACGAAAGCGACGAAGAGGGCGAGGAGUCGGCCGAAGUAUUGGAAAAGCAGAACCCGUGUCUCGUGCACUACUGCGGAAGGGGCGAGGAGUGUGCCGCCCUGGGCGGAGUUGCCCGGUGCAUAUGCGUGCGGAAAUGCGGUUCGGCCAAGCGCAGGGUGUGCGGUACAGAUGGACGGCUGUACGACAACAGAUGUGAGCUGCACAAGUCCGGCUGUUUGUCCGGAGUCGACAUAGAGAUAGACCACUCGUUGAAGUGUUUCAUACCUUCAGCGUCCAAGGCGAAGAAUGUUCGAAUCCUACCGAAAACCGCAGACAACGCCAUUGAACCGGAAACCAAAUCGAAAGAAGCGAAAACGUGCGGUUCACCGCAAUACGAAAUUAUGAAGGAUAAUUUGUUGCUGAUCAAUCACGCGAAACUCAUGUAUCAGAAGAGUUGGAACGGCGGCAAGGAGUACAUGGUCAGCGCGUUGUUCCGCUACUUGGAUUUGGACGGCGACGGAUUUUUGCAACGAGAAGAAUUACAAAAGAUAACUAAACAGGAUAAGCUCGACGAUAUAUCUGACGUCUGUGUCAUGUCAGACAUGAUUCGCUUUGAAGACAUGGAUAAAGAUGGACGUCUGGGUUUGAACGAAUUCUACGCAGCUUUCAGUAAACUAUACAGCUUGUCGGUGGUCACUCUGGAGAAAGCGCUCGAGAUCAAUAGGAUAUCCGCAAAGGUCGGCGACAACGUGGAAAUCCGCUGCGACGUGAGCGGCAAUCCGCCUCCUCCGAUCGUCUGGAAACGAUAUUCCGCCGACCUGACGACCCUCGGAGACGAGGACGUGAGGGUUUUCAGCGACGGGUCGCUGUACCUCACCAAGAUACAAUUGGUCCACGCCGGGAAUUACACGUGCAGAGCUCUGAGAAACUCGGAGGUGACCCAGACGCACGUGUUGACCGUCCACACUCUGCCCGAAGUCAAAGUAACGCCCAGAAUCCAAUCGCGAAGACCGGGCGAAAAGACUUCCAUGUUUUGUCACGUAAUCGGAGAACCUUUUCCCGAGGUGGUUUGGCUGAAAAACGAAGAGCGGUUAAAGUUGGACAUGGUGCACAAGUACAGAGUGGUCGGCAACGGGACGGAACUGAGUAUUGAUAAUAUCGAUUACGCGGACACCGGAGCGUACAUGUGCCAAGCAUCGAACACCGGUGGGGUCACCAGAGACAUAUCGUCACUGAUCGUUCAAGAAAUUUUGACGCCUACCGCGCCGAAAGAAGAACGCCGGUUUUUCGCUUUUCACGACUGGGGAGUGUCCGUUUACGAGCCCACCGCUUGCCGGCUCUACCAUCAAAUCCAGUCCACGGACAUCAUCCCAGGAACUCAGGAAUACGUGUGCGGCGACAAAGGUGUCAACUGCAGUUGGGGCCAGGCCAUCAACGUGGCCAACCGUUACGUUUAUGUGUCACAGCCGCUCAAAGACAGAGUGUUGGUCAUCAGCAAGAUUCAGAUGGUCGUCGUCGACGUCGUGAUCACUGACAAAUAUCCAGUGGCUCUGCACUACGUAGCGCAUCUAGAUCAGGUGUGGGUGUUGAAUUGGAGGAGCGUGUACGACGACGGAGUGAAGACGAUUCAGGUGAUUAGAGACGCGUCGCAAAAGCGAAAACACCACACAGUCCACCCAGAACCGAUAGACGGACAAUUCGAUUUGGUCAGAGAUUUGUUCAUGCCCACGGCACAGGACCUGAGCCACUGGUUCAAGUACGGUUACGUGAGCCACGCCAACCAAAGAGGACUUUACAAACUGGAUUUGGCCAACAUGCGGUACAUUAGAAGUAUAGACCUGUCGCCUUACAACUGCGUACCCCGUACCCUGCAAUUUUCGUCCUUGUACGGUUUUGUCAUCAUCGAAUGCGAAGAACCGGGAACCGGACACGCCACAGGUCAGGUAAUCUUAGAUUAUUUGACCGACACGGUGGUCAACAAAAAGGCCACUGUCAGAGGAAGUCCUUUGGUUUCGCCGGACAGCAGAGUCGUCGUGUCCAUCGACAAGGCCGCCGACGGCGUGACCUUGGUUGUCCAACAAGUUUUAGAAUCUGGCCUCAAAUUUUCAUUCGACGUCAAAACCACUCUAAUGAUCAGCGACAUAGCGUUCUACCCUUCUCGAACCACACACGGGUACGAUUUGUACGCCAGCGCCGCUGACAAAGAAGACAUACUGUUUCUGAAUCUAUCCAACGGCAAAGUGGAAAUGAUCACCGGCGUGGGCAAGGCCAUGCUCCAGUCGUUGACGCAAUGGGGUAACCCUAACCGCCCGAUAGCCGCGUCUGGUAUCUUCGGUCACUACAUGGUCACGCCGGCCGACGAAGCGCUGUUCGUGAUCAACGGCGAGACCCGGACGGUGAACUGCGAGAUCGGAGGUCUGAUCCAUCCCAGACUGGUCACGUGGGUCACCAUGCAGUUGCAGUGA